AUGUUACCUACAGCGACAACAACAACAACAUCACCAAGAACAAAAAUCAAUCAAGCAAAAUUUCCUUUUUUAAAUGUUCAAAGACUAACGCGAAUGCCAUCGAAUAUAACUAUUGAACGGUGCUGUUUUCUUUUAAUUCAUUUACUUUUCUAUGUUAUCAUCCUUACAGUUGUUUAUAUAAGACUUGAACAAUUUACUAAUAAACAAGAAAAAAUCUUUCUUGCGUUAAGUUCAAACGAUAAUUUCACUUAUCAUGAAACACUUCAACGUCGUUUACUUAAUUGUAAUCAUAUAUCUCAUUCUGAAAAUCGUGCUGAUUGUCCAUGUCAAAAUCUUCCAUAUCCAAAACGAAAUCGAACAACACAUUGUUUACAAAUACUGGUUGGAUUAACGGAAACAUUAGAAAAUGUUUUUUGUCAUAAUGAUGAAUAUCCUCAAUGGUUAAUUAUUCAAAAUCGACAAACCAAUUUUGUUGAUUUUAAUCGAACAUGGAUUGAAUAUCGACGAGGUUUUGGUAAUGUUCUUAAUCAAACUGAUUUUUGGAUUGGUAAUGAAAAUCUUCAUUGGUUAACAAAUACUUAUUCAUGUCGAUUAAAAAUAGAAUUAACGGAUUGGUAUAAUGAAACUCGAAAAGCAACAUAUGAAAUAUUUCAUAUUGGUAAUCAAAUAGAUGGCUAUCGAAUACAAAUUGGUGGAUAUCAUGGUGAUAUGGAGGGACCAAAAAAAAUUGAUAGUUUUUCGCGUUGGCAUUACAAUGCUCGUUUUUCUACUUAUGAUCAUUAUGCUACUGUUUCAAAUUGUCCAAAAAAUCAUGGUGGCGGAGGAUGGUGGUUUCAUUCUGGUACAGAAUGUGCACAUGUACAUCUCAAUGGUCGACUUCCAACACAUUCCGAUGGACUCGUUCCAUUAAAUACAGGUAUUCUAUGGAUAGGUUGGAAAUCUGACCGACAUUAUUCAUUUCAACGUGUAACUAUGUCUAUUCAAUCGAAAUAUAAACAUACUCGUCCAUCUCAUCGACAUUAA